GUGUGGGCGGAGCCCGGGGCACGGAGGCCCGAAAGGGCCUGGUCGGGUUCUUCUCCAGGACGAUGGCGGCUUCCCUGUGUCCUGAGCGUCACCCCACUCACCGUGGGACAGCCUCUGGAGGAGGGUGAGGCCCCCUCACUGGUUUUGCAACUUCAAGAGAUGCUCAGCACCCUGAGGCUUCCCCGGGGCCCAACUCUCAGAAGCAUCCCGGGUCCAGAGCACAGCGUCUCUCAGGGGCACCGAAGCCCGGAGAGAGAAGCGCCACGUGACCCUUGCUAUUCUCAGCUUUGUCCACGAGCUAAAUUUAGAAUGAGGCUGGCAUUACCUUUCACAUGGUUACCGACGGACAGAGGGUUUUACUCAUUCGGAGCCGUGCUGGAGACGGUUCUGCUCAGCACACACUCUUCUGAGCUGAUAACAGCAACCUUGGGCAUGUUGGUUUCUGUAUCCGCCAGUGAUGGUCCUUUCUGAGAGGACAUCUGGGAUUCGCCUGUUCAGAGCUUCAUGACGGCGGUGACUCUGUGACCAUGUGGAGAAAUCAUGUCAGAAAAUGCGGCUUGUCCGGGGGCGGUCACUGCUGUCAAGGAAAUUUGGGAAAAAAGGAUAAAGAUCAUCAGUGAAGACCUGAAGCGAGAGAAGGAAUUUCAACAGAAGCUUGUGCGGGUCUGGGAAGAACGAGUGAGCUUGACCCGCCUAAAGGAGAAGGUCACCAGGGAAAAUGGGAGACUUGUUCUGAAGAUAGAGAAAGAAGAAUGGAAGACCCUGCCUGCUUCUCUGAUGAAACUGAAUCAGCUGCAGGAGUGGCAGCUGCACAGAACCGGUUUGCUGAAGAUCCCUGAAUUCGUCGGAAGAUUCCAGAGCCUCAUCGUGCUCGAUCUGUCUCGAAACACGAUUUCGGAGAUACCUCGUGGAAUAGGACUACUUACUCGACUUCAGGAACUGAUUCUUAGUUACAACAAAAUCAAGACAGUCCCCAAGGAACUGAGUCACUGUGCCAGUUUGGAGAAACUGGAACUUGCCGUCAACAGAGACAUCUGCGAUCUUCCGCUGGAGCUCGGCGGCCUGUCCAGCCUCACGCACCUGGACCUGAGCAUGAACAGCUUCUCGGCCUUCCCUCCUGCUGUGCUGAACAUGCCUGCCCUGGAGUGGCUGGACCUGGGCGGCAACCAGCUCCGACAGCUUCCCGAGACAAUCGACAGGAUGCAAAAGCUCCACACACUGUGGCUGCAGCGGAACGAGAUCACAGGCUUGCCGGAAACCAUCAGCAACAUGAAAACCCUGGGCACCCUUGUCCUCUGCAACAACCAGCUGCAGGAUAUCCCGGCGUUCAUGGGGGACAUGACCGGCCUGAGGUUUGUCAACUUCAGAGACAACCCACUGAGGCUGGAACCGACCCUCCCUCCCAGCGAGGGCACGGAGGAGGAGGAGGAGGAGCGGGAGUUAUUCGGCCUUCAGUUCAUGCACGCCUACAUCCAGGAGGCGCGGAGAGAGGCAGAUAACCCAGCCGACUGUGUGGCCGCCGCACCAGACUCUGUAAAUUCCGACGGAUAGCACGAAUCCAGACGGCCUGCUGAGAUUGCCUCGGGGACUUGAUGAACUCUGUAAAGUUCGGACUUCUCAAGUGAAAAGCAAAGCGAUUACCAAAGUUCAGUGAGGCCACGUUUUUUAAAGUUCAUAUUCUCUCCUAUUCAGACUACAUUUUCAGGAAUAUAAAAAUACGAUUUAAAAGAGCUCUUUUUUGGUGGAAGGCAGCUGUGGUUGAGAACCCCUUCUCUGUUAGGCGGAGGCUCCCGGCGCGGGGCAGGGCCGGUGCGGCACGGCGGUGAGCAGCACGUUCUCCGGAGACACCGCGGGCUCCGUGUAGCGCUGCAGGGCGGGCCGGAACCCGUGGCGCCGCAGGUACUCGGCCCGGCCGUGGUCAAUCAGCAGCUUACACAGGCGCCCGACCUCCUCCUUUUCCUCAACAGUAAGGCACCUAAACCGAACACACACACCAGACAAGGGUAAGACGCAGUCAACGCUUACAGAGUGAUCGCUGUCCCUUCCAUUGCCGACAAACCGCUAGAUCACCAACAAUACACUGAGUGCUGUGCCCCGUGCUUCCAGGGUACAUUUGCGACCACAGUAAAAAUGCACUUGAACUCCCUCUAAUCAGACAAUAAAAUGUGUUUCCACGGACGUAAAUUCAGGUGGAGCCCUUCCAAAGAGCGAGAGCAGCGACAAGGAGCUGCCUCCACCUCGGGCUGCCCAUUCCUCAGCCACCUACCCAGGUGGGCUCUCAGCCUGGUCAUCGGUGACCGGGUGUCCCCCACUGUCGUGCUCCUCGCUGUCCGCAGCCGGGCCGCCUCUCCUCUCGGGGCCACCCGAGGCUGCCAUGGAUGCGCCCCGCAGGCCGCAGGUCGCCCAGCUGCUCAUCCUCUGGAAGUAGUGGAACUCAAGGGCACCGAGACCUAGCGCCCGGAAGUGCUCUCUGCCCACGUAGUGUCUCCAGUCACACCUGUGGUGACAGCAGAGCGCGAUGACAAUGCCAGCCACAAGGCCGCACUGCUCCGGGGCUGUUCCAUCGCUGCCUUCCUCGGCCUCGGCAGGAGUUUCUCGGUCCGCUGCAUUGUUCUUCAUGCGUUUGGCUGUGGGCUCCUCAUUCCCUUCCUCACCACGGGCACCACAGGCUCCGACCAGACAUCGCAACGCCAGAUCUGCAAACACAGCCACGCACCCCCGACACCGUCUCUAAGGCGAGUGCUUCUCACGUCGAUUAGGUACCAAGGUUUCAAAACCCCCCGAACCAAAACAACCACCCACUUAGCCUUUCACCAGUAACGGCUCUUUUGUGAAUCAUCGGCUUCACUCACAUUUGCCCUUUUCUCAUGAUGGCCUCACUUUCUCUAAGGAUUUAUUCUGCACGGAGUCUCCUUCCCAACAAAACCAUCUGCCGCUCAAGGUCUAGUUCGUAAGAACUCUCAGCCCCAAUACUUGGAUGGGCUCUCAUUUCUCCGCCCUGGCAAAGGAAAUGACUGGGACAGGAGACCUUUAUCUCCCAACACUUACAGUCCAGGGGAGUCUGGAUCUCAGGGAACCCAGGAAGGGAACCCAGGAAGGGCAUGUGUGUAGGCUGACACCCGGCAGCGGCAGCGGCAGCGGCGGCGGCGGCAAGCAGGGCCAGGCUGAGCACCGAGAAGGGGUCAGACAGGGAGGUCGGCCUCCCUGGGCCACGUGUUCACGUGGCAACCGGACACUGCAUCCGGUCCACGAGCGAGUCCACGUGCGGAGGUCGUGGUGAUGAACACACACGAGCUGGGGGUGAAAGUGACACGAGCCCCACGUGAAAGUGACAAGUGUGCUGGGAACGAAGCCAACACGUGUUUGGGGACAGCUGUGUUCAGAGUUGACAGUGCCGGAGUCACCCCAACACAUGCUGCUAAACCCCUAUUUUCUGUGCCUGUUCAAUAAAAACACACAGGUCCUUUUAAACUGUAUGACCCUAAAUGUCACAAGUCACGAUCACGUGACCUAAUAUCUUCUAGUAAAUUUAAUUCAACACGUGAGUUUAAGUCAACAAAUGUGAUGGGAGCCUCUUGUUUGGAGAACAUGACAGCUAGUCUGUUCUCUAAUAAACCACUAUUUUCUGACAAA